CCCUUCCAAAUCUGUCCAUUUCAAUCUCUCUCUCUCUCUCUCUCUCUCUCUCUCUCUCUAUUUAUGCAAAAUUUAUAAGCAUCAUAUAACAAUAUUUCUCAUCGUGUUAGAAUUUUUUUGAAGUAAGGGUAUACAACGAUGUAUUCCUCAUACUCAAGUAGUACUGCUACUGAUAUAGAUUAUCAAAAACACUCGGCUGAUCCUCCACAACUAAUCUCCGGAAAUCCGCCGGUUCAAACUCCACCCGGGACCGAGGCCCCGUGGUCCACCGGCCUCUUCAGCUGCUUUGAUGAUGUUCCCAACUGUUGUAUAACGUGCUGGUGUCCGUGCAUUACUUUCGGGCAAAUUGCAGAGAUUGUAGAUGAAGGAACAAUCAGUUGGGGAGCAAGUGCAGCAAUAUACACACUGAUAGGAUUUUUCACGGGGUGUGCGUGCUGUUACUCAUGCUUCUAUCGCAUGAAGCUGAGGAAGCAGUACAAGUUGAGCGAAAGCCCUUGUGCCGAUUGUUGUGUCCAUUGGUUUUGCGAGUCAUGUGCGUUGUGUCAAGAGUAUCGCGAGCUCAAAAAUCGUGGAUUCAACAUGAGCGAAGGUUGGAAAGGAAAUUCGGAGAGGCAGAAUUAUGGCAUUACAAUGGCACCGGUGGUUGAAGGAGGAAUGGCCAAAUAAUUAGGGUGAUUACUCGGGUUGUCGAUCGGAUCACUACAAUUUCUCUGUGAUGAAAAUUGGGGUUCAACAAAUUAGCUGUGAUGGCCUAUUAGUGAAAACUUUCACACUGCUUAUCUUAUAUAUUCUUUUGCACAUUUGUUGGGGUCCUUGUUUUCCAAUCAUCGAAGUUUAUAUGCGAAUUGUUACAAAAUUGUAUUUACGAAUUGUUACAAAAUUGUAUUUAUUUGUGUGUGUACGGUAUAUCACCACUCAGAUCAUUUUUAGAGACAAAAUACAAGUUUCAUUGAUAAUAAAUAUUAC